CCCUCUCACCAUGUUGCCAGUGUUGGUGGUCCACGGGGGGGGCGGUCACAUCCCUAAGGAGAGGGCGGAGCUGUCGUGUGCAGGGGUGCGCGCUGCCACGCGAGGGGGCUACGCCGUGCUCCAGGGGGGGGGCAGUGCGAUGGACGCCGUGGUGAAGGCCGUCUCCCUGCUGGAGGACAACCCUGCAUACAACGCAGGGCGAGGGUCGGUACUGAACGCCAAGGGUGAGGUGGAGAUGGACGCCAUUGUGAUGGAUGGAAAAACACUGGCCAGUGGCGCUGUGUCUGCUGUUAGGAGAGUGGCCAAUCCUGUCCAGUUAGCCAGGCUCGUCAUGGAGAAGACCAGUCACCUGUGUCUGACGGCUGAGGGGGCCAGUCAGUUUGCCCGCUCCAUGGGGGUGCCUGAAGUUCCAGAGGAGUCUUUGAUCACAGACUACGCCCGCAUGCGCUGGAAGAAGAACCUGGCACCAGAGGCCAACCCCGUGGAAUGUCAGAUGGGUAAGAUGGGCACCGUGGGUGCGGUGGCGGUGGAUGCCGAGGGCAACAUUGCCUGUGCCACCUCCACAGGGGGCAUGCUGAACAAGAUGGAGGGCAGAGUCGGAGACACCGCCUGCAUAGGGUGUGGUGGCUAUGCUGAUAACAACAUAGGGGCAGUGUCUCCAACGGGUCAUGGAGAGGCUAUCAUGAAAGUCACCCUGGCUAGACUCAUCCUGUUCCACAUGGAACGAGGUCUCUCCGUGGAGGCGGCAUCAGACGAGGCGCUGGCGUUCAUGCGGGCGAGGGUGGAGGGUCUGGGGGGCGUGGUGGUGGUGGACCCCAGGGGGCGCUGGGCGGCCCGCUUCAGCAGCCUGCAGAUGGCCUGGGCCGCCGCGCAGGAGGACGCUCUCCACUACGGCCUGUAUGUGGACGAACACUUCACACAGAGCAUAGACGAUUUACUGUAACACACACACACACGUCACUGUGAGCUGGGGGAGAACACACACAGCAUGCUGGAACAGAUCAUCCACGUGAAGGCUACUACGUCAUAAACUGAUAAACUGGUUUUCUUUGUCAAA